GUACCCUUCCUUACCCUCUCUCUCAAUCCAUAAUUCUGUAUUGCUUGUAUUUGCAUCACCAUCACACCAACCUUUCAUCAUCAAACCCAACUCACACAAUCACUUCAACUUGUUGUGUUACUAACACUCUACUUAUAUAAAUAUCAUGUAACUCUUUCAACCAUUUCAUCAAAAAAAAAAAAAAAAACAUUUUCUCAUCCAGCUUCACAAAAAAAACAAAAAAAAAAUUGUCUUUCACCAUCGAAUUUUCAAUCUUGUGAUCCACAAUGGAUGGAAACUUCUUCUUCGACACCGGGUUGCCGCUCGAACAGUCGUUCGAGCCGCUUAUCAACCGAAUUCCCGGGCCAAACUGGGAGAAAACAGAGCAAUUUUCACAAUUUGAAUCUACUCUGUUUUCCAUGACGUCAUCCCCUGUUUCAAGUAUCAAAAUGACGUCAUCCCCUGUUUCUGGUACUAAAUUAAAUUCACCAAUAAUGGGUCAUUUGGUGAAAGAAAACUUGCCCAGAAUUCGUAAUUCGAUGCCGAUGAAUCCCAAUUUACCGUUUCUCCCACCGGAUCCUGGGUUUGUCGAACGAGCAGCGAAGUUUUCGUGUUUUGGUAGUCGAAGUUUUAACAGUAGAGUUAAUGUUAAUGCUGAUCAAUUGGGGUUGAAUUCUCACAAAACAGAGAUUCAAAUUGGAUCUACUGGAAACUUAACUCGUGUUUCGAGUAGUCCUGUUUUGAAAAUUGAUCGAAAUCGGGUGGGAUUUGAAGAGAUCAAGAGUUUAGAUGGAGUUAACAUGAAAUUGAACAGAGUAUCUGGCUCUGUUUCAAAUUCUAAUGAGGGAUCCUCUGUUUCGGAUCAAGUUCCUAGUGGAGAACUUGGAUUUAGGAAUCAGAAAGACCCGAAUCCGAGAAAACGAAAAGGUUGUUCUUCAAAGGGAGCCGUGUCAAACACGAAAAAGGAAGAAGAUGACGUUGAUGAGUCGAAAAGAUUGAAGAAAACAGAAGAAGAAAAUGUUGGUAAAACGGAGGAAAAGACGAAGCCGCCUGAGCCACCGAAGGACUAUAUUCAUGUUAGAGCAAGACGGGGGCAAGCUACUGAUAGCCAUAGUUUAGCUGAGAGAGUUAGAAGAGAGAAGAUUAGUGAAAGAAUGAAGAUGCUUCAAAAUCUUGUACCAAAUUGUAACAAGGUUACAGGAAAAGCACUUAUGCUUGAUGAAAUCAUCAAUUAUGUACAAUCAUUGCAAAGACAAGUUGAGUUCCUUUCAAUGAAGUUAGCUACAGUUAAUCCAAGUCUUGAAUUUGACACCAACAACCUAAUAUUAUCAAACGUGGAUCAAUCAAACCAGAAUUUUUCUCAACUAACAUCGACCGUUUAUCAGCAAAACCCGCAAGCAGUGUUUGAUGGGUCUGACCCGAUGACCCGACCCAUUCAUGAAUUCACCGAACCUUUUCAUCAUAUUCAGGGUUUUGGUCAAGAUGAUCUACAAAGCAUUGUUCAAAUGGGUUUUGGAGAAAAUUUGGAUGUUGAUAUGUCGUUUUUUCAUACCGCGCAUGAUCAACCAUCUAAUAUGAAAAUCGAGCUAUGACCGCUACUAUCAAAGACUAGUGUAUAUGUCUUAGUUCUAAUUGAAGCAAUAUUCUUCCUAAUAUUUGUAAUUUUUUUAUCAAUUCCUUAUGCAUAUGUAGUUUGUAAUUGUAUAACACCAUUUGUGAAAAUAGAGUUUUGUGUUUUAUCAAUUCCUUA